AGUCGCAAAGCGGCUCCAAGCAGAUGUGUGGCUACUCGGCCGGUGCGGUCCGUGCGAGUCGCUCAGGCGGACGCCGCCCCAGCCACUGAGGCUCCCAAGGCUCUUCCUGUGGAAAAGAGUGGGCCGAACUUCAAGCCAUUGCGCGACGUUAUGCAGAUCAUGCAGAUUCUGCCUCACAGGUAUCCCUUCCUGCUGGUAGAUCGCGUUGUGGAGUGGGAGAAGGAAAAGUACGCGGUGGGCUACAAGUGCAUCACCAUCAACGACAACUUCUUCCCAGGUCAUUUCCCCGAGCGCGCCAUCAUGCCAGGCGUUCUGCAGGUUGAGGCCAUGGCCCAAUUGGCUGGUAUCGUGAUGUUGGAUCCGGAGGACACGGAGGCCAAGGGGCUGUUCUUCUUUGCCGGCAUUGAGAACUGCCGCUUCCGCAAGCCGGUGGUGCCAGGAGAUGUGCUGAUGAUGCGUGCGGAGGUGACCAAGUAUAACAAGCGGUUCGGCAUGGUGAAGGUUGCGGCCACUGGGCAUGUGGGCGAGGACCUGGUGGUGGAGGCGGAGCUGACUUUAGCCAUGGGCAAGAAGUGACGGGGAGAGUGAGGGCCGGGAUGACUGGAAGUUGCAGACAGGAGUGCGCACGCGGCGAUGGGAGCUGUGGGAAGACGGACUUGUGGGAUGUGAUGGGCGGGCCGAAGAAAGGGAGAUUUAGUUAAGCUGGUUGCGAACAUAGGUAGACAAGAUCGUGUCGAACAGGGACCGAGAAGAAUCUUACAGGCUACGCCGAACCGAGCUGACAUCACUGUGUAUUUGGGUACUACCCACAGGCUUCUGAUGUGCGAGCAAGGUUUGUGCAAUUUACUGUGACAUCACACUGAUAUAUGCGAGAGGGCAAGAACGAAUCGCAGGCUUAAGUUUGCUCCGUUUUCGUACUUGGGUGAGGAACCGAUGGAGACAAUGAUGUAUUCUUUUCGGUU